CCUGCUCCGCUUUCUCCCUCUGGUUGCUCAGCUGUGCCGCCAGGCCCGGAUCUGCCAUGGCGUCCCCCGCAGCGGGCGGGGUGGUGAUCGUGGGCAGUGGACUCAUUGGUCGGAGCUGGGCUCUGCUGUUUGCCAGUGGAGGCUUCAAGGUGAAACUCUAUGACAUUGAGCAGCAGCAGAUAACAAACGCCCUGGAAGUCAUCAGGAAGGAGCUGAAAUCGCUGGAGCAGUCUGGUUCUCUCAAAGGCUCCCUGAGCGCAGAGCAGCAGUCGGCGCUCAUCAGUGGCUGCGUUAACCUCGCAGAAGCAGUAGAGGGCGCCAUGCACAUUCAGGAAUGUGCUCCGGAGAACCUGGAGCUGAAGAAGAAGAUUUUCGCCCAGCUGGAUCGCCUCGUGGACGACAGAGUCGUCUUAAGCAGCUCCAGCUCCUGUCUGCUGCCUUCCAAGCUGUUUGCAGGCUUGGCCCACGUGAAGCAGUGCAUUGUCGCUCAUCCUGUCAAUCCACCAUAUUAUGUCCCUCUGGUUGAGCUAGUCCCCCACCCAGAGACGGCUCCAGCCACAAUGGACAGAACCUAUGCCUUGAUGAGGAAGAUCGGGCAGUCCCCUGUGCGAGUCCUGAAGGAGGUCGAUGGCUUCGUCCUGAACCGCCUGCAGUACGCGGUCAUCGGCGAGGCCUGGAGGCUGGUGGAGGAAGGAAUAGUGUCUCCUAAUGACCUGGACCUGGUCAUGUCGGAUGGGCUGGGCAUGCGGUACGCAUUCAUUGGACCCUUGGAGACUAUGCACCUCAAUGCUGAAGGUAUUGUCAGCUACUGCGACAGAUACAGUGAUGGAAUGAAGCGGGUCCUCAAGACUUUUGGGCCUGUUCCGGAGUUCUCAGGGGCCACAGCGGAGAAAGUUAACCAGGACAUGUGCAUGAAGGUUCCUGAUGAUCCCGAACACUUAGCUUCCAGAAGGCAGUGGAGGGAUGACUGUCUCAAGAGUCUUGCCAAACUGAAACAGAAGGCGCAGCCCCAGUAGGUUUCUUGUAAUGUCUCCAUCACUCCUCCCCGGGAAGCUCUGUCCAGUGAGAUGAGAUGCUCUUGAUCCAAUCCCUGUGGGACAUUGAAAAGCCCAUGAUGUUGGCCUGAAGACCAGGUCUGCUCCCCUGUGUCUGACUGUAAGCAGCUGUAGACACCAGGUGUCUUCUGGUCACUCCCACCUGACCCUGUGCUGCCUGGCUCUGGGGUGUGGAUUUCCUGCCACCUGGGCAAGCAGGCCGAAGAUCUUCACCUCUUUUCAGUGUGAUUACACGUGCGUUUGCAGGCGAUGAUUACAGUUUUCUGUCAUCUUAAUCUACUUCAAAAGAAUUUUUGUAAUCGUUUUCUAAUCCUUCUCUGAGUGUCCUGUGACCCUGCAUUAUAAAGCAAUCACCUUCAGCUUGAAUAAAUAAUAUUCUGAAUAAAAG